GGCCUGACCUGCCCCUUGUCCUCUGGCAGGUACACUUCUUCGGGCUGUGUGCUCUGUGCAGGUCCUAAGCCUUUGCCCCCCAAGGGUCUGCAGUAUCUGGUGCUCCUAUCUCAUGCCCACAGCCAAGAGUGCAGCCUGGUGCCCGGGCUGCGGGGGCCCGGGGGCCGAGAUGGUGGGCUUGUGUGGGAGUGCUCCGCGGGCCACACCUUCUCCUGGGGCCCCUCCUCAGGCCCCACACCUCCAGCGGAGCCCCAGCCAGCUCUCCUUCCAAGUACUUCCCAGAGAAGCUGGUGCCCAGAGGCCAGGGGUGGGCAGGAGCCUGCAGGUUUGGAAUCUGAACGUGAGGAGAAGACUCAGGAGGCGAGGUUGCCCAGGGGAAUGGGACCCCCACCGGAGUCCUGCCUGCCCCCAGGAGGCGAGGGGGAGGAUGAAGAUGAGAGUGAAGAGGAGAUGCUCAGUGAUGCCAGCCCGUGGACCUACAGCUCCUCCUCAGACAACUGUGAGCCAGACGCCCCCAGGCCGCACCCUUCCCCUGUCACCCAUGCACUCGAGGAGGGAGAGACACCUCUGGCCCCUGCAGCUGCCCCCACUUCUCUUGCUGUGCCACCCUCAUCAGCAUCCCCACUGGGUUCUGGAGCUCCUCAGUCUGUAGAAGAUGAGGGGACACCGGAGCCCCGUCAGACCCCUCCAGUGGCCCAGCAAACUGAGCCCCUGGCCAGCCCUGGAAGUCAGGUCCAGUCUGCUCUGGCGGUAGCCUGGGAUGAGGACAGUGCACAGAUUGGCCCCAAAAGAAUUAGGAAAGCUGCCAAAAAGGAGCUGCUGCCUUGUGACUACCCUGGCUGUGGGAGGAUCUUCUCCAACCGCCAGUAUUUGAAUCACCAUAAGAAGUACCAGCACAUCCACCAGAAGUCCUUCUCCUGCCCAGAGCCGGCCUGUGGAAAGUCCUUCAACUUCAAGAAACACCUGAAGGAGCAUGUGAAGCUGCACAGUGAACCUGUGCUGGGCAAGGAGGGACUGGGCACAGCGUUGGGUCCUGGACUGGCACCCUGGAGUCACUGGAUUAUCAGUGUGACAAGCAGCAACCUGGUCAUCCACCGGCGCAUCCAUACUGGAGAGAAACCGCUGCAGUGUGAGAUCUGCGGGUUCACCUGCCGCCAGAAGGCCUCCCUGAACUGGCACCGGCGCAAGCACGCAGAGACAGCAGCCACCCUGCGCUUCCCCUGCGAGGUCUGUGGCAAGUGCUUUGAGAAGCCGGACAGCGUCGCAGCUCACUGCAGCAAGAGCCACCCAGCACUGCUCCUGGCCCCAUCAGAGCAACUCAGCCCAGCAGAGCCCAGCUCCAGUGUCUCUCCCCCUGCGCUCCUGGGGGCCAGCGAUGGGUGCAGGCCCUCGAGUGUCUCAGGCUCUGACCCUGCUUCCUAAGCAGUGACCACGGGACUGAAGAGGAGAACGGCCAGCCGCCUGGUUCCUGGGAACUAGGGUGAGGGAGAGUCAGGGCACAGGCAGGACUGGACUCCAGGGCAGUAAGGCUGUAGUAGUCUUCCUACAGGACAGAAUAAACUCGGUAUUUUACGUGGA